UUAUAUACUAGAUUUUUAUUUCUUUUAAAUUUGUCUACAAAAUUCUCACGAAAUACAAUGGCUAAGCUGUCCAAACGUCAGAGGAAUAAACAGAAACAAAAACAGUUAAAAUCCAAGCGAAAUUGGUCGCUACAACGUACGUCGAAACGGAGAAAGGCGAACGUUUUAUACAACAACAAAUCUUCAUCAAGCGAUAAAAAUGGCCACGGCAGGAUAGAAUCUGAACAAGAACCAGACAAAACGGUUUCAUCUAGAAGUGCUAAAAGGCUUGCCAGUUGUUUGAUAAAAUCUUUGAGCAAUACGGCUUCGAAACCAGUUCAUUUUCUUUGUACAUGCAUGGUACUUUGUAAUCAUAAGAUUCAUGCAAGUUUAGAUGUUGUAAAUCGAGGAAAACAGAACGUUCAUAGCGCUAUUUCAUAUUCAAUGGCCAAUGGAUACUCGAAGAUUAAAACGAUGGUGGGUUAUGUUGGUGAUACAGUGUUCCCUAUGAGGCCGUACAAACGCAAGUUAGAUGAAAUAUCCAGCAGGCUGGAAGAAGUUGAACGAGAAUUAAAAAGACUAAAAAGGGAUGUGACAGAUAAUUCAAGUCACCAUCCAUCAAGCACAAUGACUUUACCCAGUGUGUCCUCAGGUGUUCCUGCACCCCCCUCAUUACCACCACCUCCUCCCCCACCCCCUCCCCCUCCAGUGUGCAAACCACCACCAGUUAUUACAUUCAAGAAAAAAAAGGCAAGCAAGCAAGACGAAAAAUCCAGCGACCCUGCAACAAAUGUUUGUAUAUCUCUUGAACAACUGACGAGCGUUAAAUUACGAAAAAUAACACGCGUAGAAAAGCAGGAAAAAGAAAACAUACCGGCCUCCCCCGUGAAGUUUGGUCUAAGGAAACGUUCCAACGGGAAAUUUGUGUCACCCAGCCGGGGGGUUGACGCGAAUAAUCAUCCAUUUAUAACGUUGAAAGAUAUUCGAAAAGUAUCUUUACGAAAAACACAAACCAAUGGAAAUAGCGCUAAAAAAAGAAGCCCAUCUCGCUCUCAAAUCGCAUUCCUACGACACAACUUACGAAAGGUUGAAAACAAGCGAAGUCCUGGUGGAACACCCGCGAAUAACAAGCCACAACAGUGUUUUGGUGAUGGGUUGACGCCCAUUAUGACCAGAGCGUUACAAAAGAAGUUUAAGUUCGCCAAUCCACCCUCUCCUUUGGACUCGUUUAAUGAAACCAAGAGUUUUAUGGAAAAGAGUUUCACCCAAACCAGUCCAUGUUCGCCACUGACACGACUGCAAGCUAUGAGGUAAAGCGUUCAAAAUGAGGUUUCCAAUAAUUCCUUGGUAUUGCAAGGUAGUCAAUUUUUAAAAUUGUAAAUUUACAAUGGCGAUUCCAAAUGACAAAUUUUUCUUUUUGGAUGGACCGAAUUUUACGUUUGCAGCCAAAUGCUCGGGCUAUAAUAUUUUAGGCGGGGGUGCAGGGAAGGGUAUAGGUUAUAGCCACGCCGGGCCAGCCAGCCGUGCAGGGCUGACCACUUUGCUGGGCUGCAUAUAACAUGAUGAUGAUAUAUGUGGCGGGUGACGGGGAAAUCUUACGCGGACUUAUCUGUCUCAUAUAUCUAUGAAACUUAGACACUUCUAAGAAGGAGUUAGGUCUCUGGCUGGCUGGAGAUGGCUUGAAAUGUACCGCGAAAUCAGGAAAACAUAAAUGCACUGAGAUAAAAUUAGACUGGAUUUCUUUGUCGCAUUCGAAGUCGGAAUGUUAAUAAGCCGCCAUUUUAGGAGUUUCAAAUUGCUGUAUAGAAUGAGUAAUCAUUGUAUUGCUCAAUAGAUAAUCCAAGCCCUUGUUUGUGUUUUAUGAAAGUAACUGUUGCACUUUUCAAAUUGAUGUUCAAUGUAACUGGUUUCAGUUCACUGAGCGUUAUACGGACGGAUUCAUCGCUAAUGAUCCAUCG